GAAAACCUAUUGAACGAUGCUUUAUCAGCUGAUCUCCAGACAGCAUUUGAACAGGCGAAACGUGAUGAGAGUGUCAAAGCAAUUGUUUUGAUGUCUGCUAAGCCUGAUAGUUUCCUGGCCGGUGCUGAUUUAGGAAUGCUUAGCAAGGCUAAAACACCGCAGGAUGGGGUGGCAAUGUCAAGAAAAGGCCAAGAGGGAAUGAUGAAAAUAGAACAGUCUGGGAAACCGGUGGUCGCUGCAAUCAUGGGCAGUUGCUUGGGCGGUGGAUGUGAAUUGGCAAUGGCUUGUCAUUACCGAAUUGCAGUGAAUAGUCCUAAGACUCAGAUCGCAUUGCCUGAGGUCAUGCUAGGACUUUUGCCUGGAGCGGGAGGAACCCAAAGAAUAAUGAAGCUGGUGGCCCUUCCGAAUGCAUUGGAUAUGAUGCUGACUGGGAAGAGAUUGAAAGCUGACAAGGCAAAGAAAAUCGGACUUGUAGACUCCGUUGUUCACCCUAUUGGUCCGGGUGUAAAACCGGAGCCGAUGAAUACCCACCAAUACCUAGAGAACGUAGCCGUAGAUACGGCUGAGCAACUGGCUAGUGGAGCGCUGAAAGUCAACCGAGAACAACAAAUUUGGGAAAAGGGAUUAUCUAAGGUUGGUCAAAUCAAUCUCAUUCUUUUUGCUAGUUUGGUGUCGAUAUUCUAG